GGGCCAAUACAUGAUCAGUUCAUCUAAGUUUAUAAGCUUGUUAGGGUGACAAAAUCAUGACAUCUGGUCAAACUUGACCUAUUCCUCUAAAUUACAACACAUUUCUUGGUCCUUUUACAGAUAUGGACAAACAUCUUUCCUCUGAGAGGAGGGUGCAAGAUAUGAAGAGAGGGCAAGACAUUCUAUGCCUACACCAUAAGACUCAAUAUGAGAAUACAGCCACUGGCGGGAUAGCCAGUCAGUCGUCGCAGUGGGACAAGUUUGGAAAUGCCAACAAUGCCAUUGGCCUGAACUGGACCAAUCAGUAUCUGGAUGGGUCCUGCAGCCACACGAAAGCAGAUAUCGACCCCUGGUGGCGGUUGGACCUGAGCAAGACCCACAACGUCACCUACGUCACCAUUACCAACAGAGGGCACUGCUGCUCCGACAGGAUCAGUGGAGCAGAGAUCCACGUUGGGGACUCACUGUUCAACAUUUUUUACAUUUACAUUUUAGUCAUUUAGCAGACGCUCUUAUCCAGAGCGACUUACAGUAGUGAAUGCAUUCAUUUCAUUUCAUACUUGGCCCCCCGUGGGAAUCGAACCCACAACCCUGGCGUUGCAAACACCAUGCUCUACCAACUGAGCUACGGGGAAGGCUAACAACGGCAAUAGCAACCCACUGUGACUUAUCUUCAUAACACAACUUCUGGCUGGCUACACAACCCACUAUGUGUCAUCCCAGUAACACAACUCUCCCUUAAACAACCCAGCAAUCUCCAUAACUCAUCAUCAACUAUGAGAAAGUAACCCUCAGUGAGUAGGCUGAGCAAAUAUGUUUACAAUAAACUACUCACAACUCAGUUCUACUAAAGUACUAGUACACAAAAAGCACAAUGCGACCAGAGUACUACUAACACAGUACUAAAGUACUACUAUAAUUGCCACACUGCUACCAUGUAGUUACUGUAGCAGUACUAUUUCAGAACCAAUGGGAUCACCUAAAUAAAGGAUACAUAAUAUAAA